AUGCAAGUGUUUGAAGAAGGUCAAAAACGAUUUUACUCAGUGGCAUACUGUAGUCAUACUCUAAGUGGCACUGAACGCAGGUGGUCGACAGUACAAAUCGAGCUAGUGCUCACCACUCUAGCGCACUGUCAGGAGGGCAGAUGGGAUGAAAAAAAAACAUUGGCCAAAGCUUUACGUAAGUAUUACUGGAUGCCUGUAUAUUCGGGCAUCCAUAAAUGGUGCGACGCGUGUAUGACAUGCCAAAUGCUGCGGCCGCCGAAUCCAGCAUACAGGGAGCGGAACUGUCUUUGCUAA